GAAGUCCAGACACACACAGGACUCGGAGCUCAGCCUCACUUUACUCUGUUAUACUGACACAAACCCCACAGACGCUCAGGACACUGUGUGUGACAGUAAUCACACCUUGAAUCAGGAUGAAUCUACUGAUCAAACCUCCACAGAGUCUCUGGAUUCUGUCUGUAACGCUGGAGAACAGCAGAUCCUGAACACCAGACCACUCAACAUGUGUUCUGUCACACUGAUGGAGAUGGGAACACAAACACCAGCAGAAGAAGAACAUCACACUGAUGAAGAUGAGAAUCAUGAUAAGGAUGAUGAUGAUUUUAUUCCUUCAGAUGAGAGCGGUGAUUCAUGUUGUGAUGGAGAAACGGCCUCUACAUCAAAACAGCGACUGACAGCACAAACUCUUUCCUGCAUCACAGAGGGACAUGAGAGGAGACACACAGAACAGAAAGUCUUACAAGAGCAGCGACAUCAUUCAGAAAAGCACAAAGAGGAGAAAAUGUUUCUCUGUGAGCUGUGCGGGAGGAAUUUUGUCUCCCCUUUUAGUCUGAAAGUCCACAUGAGGAUACACACUGGAGAAAAGUCUUUCCACUGCAGUCAAUGUGACAAAUGUUUCCGCAUCAAAGGCUAUCUUGUUCUUCAUCAGAGAAUUCACACUGGAGAAAAACCGCACGCGUGUCCUCACUGUGAGAUGAGAUUCAGCCGUAAAACUCAUCUAAACAGACACAUGCGUUUACACAGCGAUGAGAGACCGUAUGAGUGCAGUGAAUGUGGAAAAACCUUUAAGAGGUCAGGUUCUUUAAAAUCACACCAUAAAAUACACUCUGAGGAGAAACUCUAUCAGUGUUCACACUGUGAUAAACAUUUCCGUGAGAAACUUUAUCUAAUAUAUCAUGAGAGAGUUCACACUGGAGAGAAACCUUACCUCUGCUCAUACUGUGGAAAGAGAUUUACAAGACGAAGUACUUUCAGCUUUCAUGAGAGAGUUCACACUGGAGAGAAACCUUAUCACUGCAGUGUUUGUAAGAAGAGUUUCACCACACACGGGACCUACUCGAGGCAUCAGAGAACUCACACAGCUGAAAGACUUUAUAAAUGUUCUCAGUGUGACAAGACGUUUGCUCGACCAGAUGCCCUUAGGGGCCAUGAGAGAGUUCACACUGGAGAGAAACCUUAUCACUGCUCCAUCUGUGGAGAGAGAUUCACUUAUUUAAAAUGUCUUAAAGCUCAUGAGAAGAAACAUGCUGGAAAACAAACUGCAGUGGAAUCAUCAUAGCGUCUUCAAUCAAUAUGAUAAUUUAGCUUGAACUCAAAGUUCUUAUAUUUCUGUGGUCUUGAGAAAAUAAUAAUUUGAUUAGGGACAUUAUCAGUCAGGAGCACUCUUGCUUGAGAAAAAACUGUUUAAACUUUAUUAAAACCAUUAACACUAAUGUAUUGCGUUGGUUACACUUUGUUCCUUUUUAAACAAAAAGAAAAAUUGGUAUCGGAAAAGGUAUUGUUUAGGAAUCGGUAUCGAAGUCAAGGUAUCGGAAUCGAAAUCGAAAAUUUUGGAACGAUACCCAGCCCUAGAUACAACACAGCCUCCCCUAAGUUACAUUGUUUGCUUACUUAGGCACACUUUAAUGCUCGUUACCUGAUCAAAUGUAUUAACGUUACUGGAUGAUCGAUAAGCGCGUCAAUGACUCUCCUGUGGCGGCAGCUGCCUUGUUUUAAAUGUGAGCGGUAGACAGCUCAGUCAAGUUCAGAAACAUGGCAGAAUAUGCCAACACGCAGGUUACUGCGCACGCCAUCACCGAAUUAAUGCUAAUUGGAUAAAACAGCCUAGCACACCAAAGUAAUAAGGAGAGAGGAUGCGGAAGAUAAAAGUUCACACAUAAAAGUUAGCCUAUUGUCAAUUGUCAUAUUAACUCAACUCUCAACUCAACUUUAUUUAUAUAGCGCUUUUACAAUUUUCAUUGUUACAAAGCAGCUGUACAUGAGACAUAUUGACUAUAAGCAAAACAAUUAAAGUUGUACCUGUAAGAACAAGAAAAAGGUGAAAACACAGAAGACAGACAUACCCACAUACAAAACACUCCACACACACAAUAUGCACACGUGCUAACACACAUAGACAUAGACACACGGAUGCACACACACACACACGGACGCACAGACACAUGGACGCACACACAUACACGUACUAACACACAUAGACAUAGAUGCACACACACGCUCAGUGAGAGCACACAUUUAGGAUAAAGGAGAGAGAAGCACAGGUCAAAUAUAACAGACUAUAAAUUCCUAUAUGCAAUAUUAAUUAAGUGAAACUUUAAGAUUCUAAAGCAGCCCCCCCGGUCAGGCAGAUAGUGCAAAAACAGUAUGCAAACGGUGGCGAGGAACCCAAAACUCUAAUGGAGAAAAAAAACCUCAGGAGAACCCAGGCCCAACCAGGGGAUUCCAGUUCCCCUCUGGCAAAAGCUGCUGCCUCUGCACAAGCUCCAGAGAGCUUGCACAACAAGGCUAAAUAAAAUAAAUAAACUUACUAAUAAGAUAAAUUAUAGUUUAAGAUUAUCAUUAAUAAUCUAAUAGCAUUUGAAAUUUUGUGGUGAAAUAUUAAAAAAUACAAAUGCGACGCCAAAUAUAACGUUACUGUUGCGAAUCACUGCUGUUGUUCAUUCACUUGUCCGAGUGAAGAUAAAGAAAUGCUUGUGAAAAACAUUGUCGAAUACUUAAAUGUCGCAAAGAACAACCUGUAUGAAAAUACGACGACCUAAAGACAUUGUCGCUGAAAAACAGUUAUAAAUUACAGUAACAUGGGCCCUAACAUUAGCUAAACAUAUACUGUAUGAACGAGAAAUAAUAAAAAAUAACGAUAAUAUAAAACAUUUAGAAGACAAUUAACGUUAACUUUAAAACAUACCUGCUUGUGUGGAUGAUACCGCUCCCUCAGAAACCAUCCCUCAAAUGGCGGGCUUCUCGUUCAUGCGCAUUGACGAAUACUUCGAUAUAUAACACAAGAGUAAUUCUCUGUCUAGAAAAUAUAAAACUAAAUAUAACUAAAAUAAGUUGCCAUUCACUUGUCUGAGAAUGUUUUUUAAAGUACUUAGAGAAAUAUUGCGAAAUGACACCAACUUGGAUUGUUCAGUUGCGCUUCUAAAGAUUAUUAAGAAAUUUAAAUAAAUUCUACAACGUUUUUUACGUCGUUAUAAAUACUUGAGUAAUCAGUGUAAAUGUAAUAAACAUUACAUUUUAGUAUUUAC